GCCGCCCAUCCCGCGCGUGCGCGCGCCCGCCGCCACCGAGCGAGCGAGCGCCGGAUCCGCCGCCGCCAGCAGCCGGGGAGCGGGGUCGGGGUCGGGGCAGACAGGUUUUUAUUUUCUCAUUCAUGAAAUAUGGACAUUGCUGAUAUGGCCAGCAUAUAUCGCCCACUCCUUAUUGCCUGCCACGCCAUUUCAGAGAUCCUUUAAGUGUUCACCGUAUUGGUGGAUUUGGAGUCACAUGCAGGUCAACCAGGUUUGGAAACAUGGCUCCAAAUUCUGAAGUCCUUCGGUUUAAGUUUACAAGCUAUGGAGAUUCCAUGUUGCAAAAAAUGAAUUUGCUGAGGCAGCAAAAACGAUUCUGUGAUGUUACGAUUCGAAUCAACAAUGUGGCAUUUCUGGGGCAUAAAAUAGUUUUUGCUGCAUGCUCUCCCUUUUUGAGGGAUCAAUUUUUGCUGAAUGAUUCAAAGGAUGUCAGAAUUUCACUUCUCCAGAGUUCUGAGGUUGGAGAACAGAUACUUUUAUCCUGCUACACUGGUAUCCUAGAAUUCCCUGUGAAGGAAUUGGUAAAUUAUUUAACUGCUGCAAGCUAUCUACAAAUGGGUCACAUUGUGGAGAAAUGCACACAAGCUCUUUCUAAAUACAUUGAGCCAAAGUUGUUGUCUGAUGACCAAGGGCACCAAGUAGGGGAAAGCAGCACUUCAAAUGCAUUUCCUGAAAGUUCAGAAAGGCUACAAGAAAGUCCACUCUCUGAUUCUGGAAAGAACAAAAUGGAAGAUCUCACACAGACUCAAGAUAUUUCUGACUGUGAAACGGACUCUGAAGACAGCAACAUUCGUAUUGUCAAGGUGGAAUCUCUGACUAGUGAUAUUCAAGAGAGUGAGAACGGCGACAGUUUGAGCCAUCUCUCCAAUAACUACAGUAAUAGUGUGGAAAGAGUUGUCGCACAUUCUCCCGAUUCGCAGCACUCCCUCGUUAAUUCAUCGGUUGAUUCCAGAAGCAACAGGGUGUUAGACAGCUGUUUACAGAACUUUGUAGCUGAUCCGCCCAGAUUGUCGGAAGUGGUGAAUGGCACAAGUUUUAUGCUGGCAGCUAAUGAGUUUGAGCUGCAAGGUCUGAGCAGUUUUCCAAAUGAGGAAAUGGCGGCGGCGGGUGGGUUUUUAUUCCGACGCAACAGGGGCACAAAACUGUUUGCAAACAAAACCAUGUACACCAAUCAUAUUAAAAUGCAGGACAAAUGGCUUCAGAAGCCCCAUCAUUGCAGUAAAUGUGGUAAAGUUUUUCAGCACCUCGAAAACUUCAUCAGCCAUCUGAAAACUCACAAACUUUUCCUGUGUCUGCGCUGUGGUAAAAUCUUCACGCAGAAGAGUAAUCUGACGCGGCACAUCCGAGUACACACGGGAAUCAAGCCCUACCAAUGCACGAUCUGUGGGAAGACAUUCACUCAGAAAUGUUCUCUGCAGGACCACCUGAAUCUCCAUAGCGGUGACAGACCGCACAAGUGCAACUACUGUGAAGUGGGCUUUGCACAUAAGCCCGCUCUCAGGCGCCACCUCAAAGAACAGCACGGGAAGAAAUGUGUAGAUAAUGUCACUGAAGGAAGCAUACAAGAAAUUACUCUAGAAGUAGAUACUAUUGAAUGACUGUGGUAAUUUACUGGAUGUAACAUCUUCUAAGAAGGUCAACAAAACCUCUGUGCAAGCGGUAAACAAUUGAGGGAAGUUGCUAAAGAUUUUCCACCAAAUGGAUUAGUAAAUAUGCAGAACACUGCACUUGGAUGAAAUGUUCCGUAGAUUUUAAUCAGAUGAAAUAGAGCCCACUGUAACAGUUGUUUUAUUAGGAUUGGGUAUAAUUUGAAAAGUGCAAUUCAGUACUUUUAAAUGAACUAAAUGCAUUUUAAUGGGCCACAUAGUUUUUAAUGGAUGAAUAGGUGACAUAGCCUUGUGUUUGUUUCGUUCUCUUUCCUGUAGGGCUAUAUAAUGGCACAACAACCCUCUAUAAUUGUAGGUAACUGAAAGCAUCUGGUUAGUUAUCUAAUUUUCCAAGAUCUUGUGAAACCUUGCCUUAUGACUUUGUCAAACAUAGGAACAGGAGGAAGCCAUUCAGAGCCUCCAGUCUUUUCCGUCACGCGACUAAUUUCUGCUUAAUUCUCCUUACUGGGCCUUGUUCCACAUUCCUUAGUCAGCAAAAAUCUAUUGAUCUCCAACGUGAAAAUUUCAUUUGAGCCAGCAUUCACUGCCUUUCCAGGGGAAGAUAGUACUAGAUUUUUCACUACAUUUUAUCCUGAUUUCUGUCCUAAAUGUAAAAGUGAUAUCUACAUUGCACUGGAGGAAGCAGUUCUGUGUGUCUCUCUUGUUUAAUCCCUUACUAUUUUAAAGCAUCUUACAUAGAUCAUUCCUUUUUUAAUCCUUCCUUUUCUAAUAAUAUUCUAAAUAAUGAUUUCAAACAUUUGGGCAAUCUUUUUUCAGUCCUGUCUUCCUCUGUUGUCUCUAGAUUUGUACCAGUAAUAUAUGCUAGUUUGGGAAAUUAGGGCUAUUUGUUGAUAUGCUAUGCGUUUCAAACUGAAGGACACUUCAUAGUUUCUUCAAGAAUAGUGAUUUCAUACUCUGUGUAUUUUCACCAAAUUUUUAGAACUUGUAAUUCUUCCAGAAAUUAUUAUGGACAUAUCCAUCUACCACGGUGUUGGUGAAAUCAUGGGAGUGUUUGCUAUCUCAGAAUUGUUAUCAUGGGAGUUGCUGUAUAUGAAGGUUUUGUGUUUAAAAUUGAAGUGUCAGUUUUGAAACCACAGGACUUGUCAAUCCUUGAACAUUUUGACAAAUGGUCUGUACAACAUUCUACUGAUGUUAUCCAGUGAGAUACACGAGUAUUGAUUUGAAGCUUGGAAUAAUGUUGGCUUGGACUAUUUUACAAAAUGCCUCUUCACUCCACUCCCUCUCUGCAAAAAAGAAUCAACUGUGUGAUACCUACUGACAAGCAUUUAUGUUUCUCGAAUUGACACUAAAGUUGUGAAUUUAACCUCUGUGCACAAACCACUGACGUUCCAUAUCCAGAACUAAUUUAUAACUAGCGUCUUUUUAGCAGCGAGGGAGCAUUCACCUCAUCAGAUGUUUUCUUGUGUUGUACCUUUGGCAUUUAGGAUCUUGCAAACCUUUUUCACUGUCCUGCUAAUAGUGAAAGUGUGCUCUAGAGAAACAUUGAACUAAAUCUGUGGAGGAACAUUUCAUUGAAUUGAUCCUGAGUGCUUUUUGGCUCGUGAAAUGGUGAAGCAGUGUGGUCACUGUAGCAAGGCAAGUUAUGUAGCAUCCAUUUUGUGCAUGUCCCACAAACAGGAAUGGGAUAAUUGUUUUUAAAUGUUGUGGACUGAGGGAGUAAAUAUUAAUCAAUAAACCAGUCAAUUUCCCAUGCCCACUUUUUAACGAAGUAAGAGAUCAUUUGAAUUUUCUCCGAGAGAUUAAUUAGGGUCUUUGUUUAAUAUCUCAUCCAAACUGGAAUCUCCAACAGUGCGGCACUCCUCUGGAACUAUACUGCGCAUGUGUCUCAGGACUGAGGAUUCUGAUUGAAAUGAAAUGGUACCACCACACCACUCACUGCCUCUGCUUCCUCAGCAACUCUCUAUUAGUACUUUUACUAUAAGUACAUGCGUUUCCUAUAAUUAUAGUGCCCUGGCCCCUUGAAAGUAAAGAAUGAAAGGAACAAAUCUAAUCCUCUGAUGCUUAUGAACCACCAAGAAGGAUACACCAGAACUAAUCUUUCUACUGAACUUUGCUGUUCAAUAUAAUUUAAUAACAAGGUGUGGAUAGCGUUUCCUGCUGCACUGCUAUUGCCAGUUUCGGUUAAUUGCACUCAUUUAAGAAUGCUCUUAAAGGCACAUAAGUUAGUUUUGUUUUUUUCUAAGGACACUAACACAAUUUUUUUAAACCAAACUAAUUGCUAUACACGAAUAAAAAGAGCAAAUAGUUCAGAGGUUUUAAAAUUGCGAUAUGGGUGACGGAUUACAUUUAGUCUAGUUGAUUUUAAAUGCGAUUUAUUCCAUUGGAAAAUGGGUUUAAUGUAAAUUUACAUGGAUUUUUUUUAAAGCAAAUUAUUUUUUUAAGUUGUAUCCUAAACACACAGUUGCAUUUGUUAAUUACUUUUUUGCAUUAAUUAAUUAGUGUGAUCCGGUGAGCCGAAUAAAAUUAACACUGGCAAAUAUUUAAGCACAGUUCACCUGUGAUUGAUCGUAGCCGAAAAAGAAAUUUCAGAGCGAGAUAAAUAAUUGUUUUGAUUAAUGGAAUUACUACCUUCCAUAAUUCUGUCUUUCUAACAGAUCAUCAUAUUAUCCUGGAGUAUUUACCCCCAAUAGGCCCUUCAAUGUUUAUCAAGCUGAGAUAGAUAUGUAAACAACUUCUUCCUCACUUUUUGCUAUUUUCCAAGCCAAAAAGCAUCCAAGCACUUUGUCCUCAUGAGGCUUUCCAGCCCAACUUUUGAAGCUUCAAUAGCUGAAUCUAGCUGAUCGUUUGUCUUUCCAAAUCCAUCCUCCCCAAAGAACCUGACAGAGUUUAAGAUAAACGUUGGAAAGCACGUGUCUCUGGCAGAGGUCGGGAUGACCAUCAAAGAUGAUUUUGGGAGGCAUUAAAAUAAACUUCAGGAAAAAAAAUGGAAGGCAAUUAUGUCAAACAAUCAUGUAGAAAAGCAGGGGAAACAUUUAAAUGGUUCAGCAGAGCAGCCAUGAGGUUAAAAGUCUGUUUAAUGGUAACAUAGAACACUAAUGUUAUUCUCCAGGUGAAUUACAAUACUA